AGAUAUUCUGCGGCUUUGAAAAGGACAACAGCCAAUGCAGCUUGUUCAAGCCGCUUCCCUACUGGGCUGCCCAUGAGCCUGUCGAUAUGGUGGUUUGAUGUUGGAUAGAAAAUAAGAACCCCCCACAACAAACAGGGAGGGCUGGAACAGAGGGACUGGAACAGAGAAAGAGAGGGUAGAAAGGGAAGAACCAUCGACAGAUGGACUCUGUUGUGAUUAAAGAUGGCGGCAGUCUUCACUGCAGACUACGAAGGACUAUACUCGAUCCAUAGAAAAGCAGUGGGAGUAGUCUGCGAUUCAGCACAACAAAACCAAGAAGAACACAGCAAGGUAAAUCAGCAGGUUUGAUGUCUGCUUUGGGAUGAAAACCAUGAUUACCUGCAACUUUCUAUUGUGUUGUUUAUCAGUCUAUUAUGUCUGUUAUCGUUUUUCAUGACAGUGCCAUACUGGUUUUGUUGUGUCCUCCCUCUCAUCAAAACUGAAGCACAUCAUUUGAUUUGACCAUUGAAUGUGCAUCCCAUGACCAGACUACAGAAAACCGCGACAGACUGGACGCUUAGAUUAAUUUGAAUAUUUUCAAGCCAGCAGACAUCUGACAAUGUACUUUCGCCACUUGAUACAUGGUUACGGAUGUAUGUCUUUGGUAUUAUAUCACCAUAGGAAAUGUGGGCUGUUUUAAUAAGAUUUCCCCUCUUGUGAGAAUAUGGUGCUCUGAGAGCUGAAAUAUCCAGCAAAAUAAACUCAAGUCUGCAAAUUGCUCAAUCCUCUGUGCCUAAUCCACUCCAAGGCUUGUUAGCCAUGACAUAUUCAGACAGGACAAAGAAAAUCAGCAGGACUCCAGACCAAAUUUUCUGACAGUCUUUGAUGUAACUCUUUCAUUUUCAUAAAAUGGUUUUGAUAUGCCUUGCACACUAUUAUUGAACCUUCUUUUAUGUCAAUCACUUGUCUAAUUGCCUGAAAAGCUCAAGUGUCUCAAUUUGGUCUAAAGAUCUAAUGUGGUUUUCUUUCUAUUUUAAGUUGUGAAGGUUUGAAAGAUGUUUUGUCAUGUCUUUUUCUUUUCUUCCCUUCUUUCUUGUUUGUUUAACCUUCAUCGAAUUCUUUGAACACAAGUAAACUGAAACAUGUAAGUACUUAUUGUCAGACUUGGUGUGGCAGUAUUCUUUUAGAUGCUUUAAAGGGCUUUUGUUCAUCAGUAAGUCUUCAAAAGGGAUAAGCCUAUUUCAGCCAAGGCCUACCAGCAAGUCUAAAUCCACACUGACAGAUGGAACAAAAGACAAGUGAAAAGACUGAAAAGGGGGACAUGAAGUUGUCCUCUGGUUACACUUAGCUACAGCCAGACGUUCAAGAAAUUCUGAAUAUUAAAAUAUUUAAAAAGGAUACAUUACCCAAAAGCAGCUGUGAAAUCUUUUCACAGAUAUGAAACAUUAAUUGACAAGUAAGGCUGUAAUACACUAACAAGAAAUCAAUAUUUUUUUUGGCAAUUCUGACAAAAUGGCAAUUAACUCUUCAAAGCUCUUACUGUAGAGUUUUAACAAACAUGUUUAUCUGAAAUUUCUUCGUAAAAUGCACAACUUUGACUUGAGCUCAGUUGACUCCAGAAAUAACCAGGACUGGUUCUUACAAUCUUGCCUCACAGCUGAAAAGUGAAAUGUCUCCUAUUGUUCCACUGCUUUCUGAGUAGCUCCGCUCGGCCACUCGCUCAAGGGCUUCUUGUUUGUAGUUGCUCAAGAAUAGAGCACCAGAGUUUUUUAUUCACCCUCUUCACCCAGGGGUUUCAUUGCAUGCAAGAGAUUCAAUUUACCAGCCCUCUGGUCAAACAUAUUCCAGUAAUUUCUCUGUUUCUCUUUCUUUGCUGCCAUCUAAUAUAAAAAUGCUUUUACUGGGGGGGGGCAAUAAAAAGUAUUCCUGGUGUAAAGUUUACCUGCCAUCAAGUGUAUUAUGAGGUCUAACAGGUCUGUCAACAUAGGGCACUGCUUUUACAGAUACAGCUCCCUAUCAUAGGACAUAAUCGUAAAGCUCUAAGGGGUGAGUAGUGGACUUAAUGAUUUAUGAUUUACCCAAGGGGGAAAUCUCUGGGGUUUAAAAAAAUAAAGCCUACAUGAAAGUCUAAAAAAGUGCAGUACCUUGAGUGUGCACUUGAGGCUUGCUCCAAAAGCCAAAUUGAAGUUGAUGUUAUAUCACCAUUGAGGCUGAUUUUACUGAUGUGUGGUUGGGUUGUUGCUAACUGUGAGCUAGAAGGCUCUGUUAAGGCUUAAACUCCACCUCUGUGCUGGUUUAAAGAGAAGUUGAAAGUCGACAGAGUAAGCAUAGUGAUGCAAAUGAGACGGUAUCUAAGUUAUUUACAGUCUAAGGACUUAACGCUAGCAUGAAUGGAUGUGCAUGAUUAAUAUGAUUUCUGAAUAGGGUGCUGGAUAUUAUUCCAGGUUUGGUUUGGUCUGUACUUGCCUGUUUAAUAGCUGCAGAUUCACAUACUGUUGGAGAUGGCGUGUAUAAAAUAAUAAAAUGUGUAUGCGGUAUGAAGUUCUUAUUUUUCAGUUGUAAACAACAACACUAUCCUCUCUUUCAGGAUCCAAUGGAUGGCAAAGACAAACUAUUAUGGCGACUUUCUGUUUUGGCCAAGCCGACUCCUAUCAAACUGAUGAGAAGGAUCUUACUAUUGUUGCAGCUUGCUGACCAUGCAAUGGAAUGUACAGUUAAUGGAUAUGCUGAAGAAGGAUGUGUAAGGUCAACAAUGAAACUCAAGGUAAAACUGGUUCACUUCAGCACAAGUCUAGUUUUUCUCCAUUUACGUCAACUGAUCACCAUCAUCUGCAUUAUCCUAAAAUAUGACUGUCAAAUAUUCACCUGUUCAUGUUUCAUCAUCGUAGGGGGUUUGCCUUUCAAUAAAUGAAAGAGUAUAAUUGAUCUGCAGAUAUAUUGAUUGAAAGAAAAGUGUGUGGUUGUAUAUUCUAUGGGAACGUUGAAAUUUGAUUGGAAAUUAGACAUGGCUACAAUAGCAGUAAAUGGCUCUAACUUCUUGACAAUCAGGAUGCUUAAUUAAUGCUGUCUUGUGUCGUUUCCUUGUUUCACUCUGCUGGUAUGAAUGUUGUAAGUGGUGUAUGAACUGCCCAUUCAGCAAAGGUCUCGGUAACAGCAGACAAUUCAGUUGACCUGAGAAGGCAAAGUGUAAAAUCUACCUUCCUGUAUUUUUUUUUCUUCUAUGGCUCACAUUAGUACCUAUAAUCACAUGUAUUUAUGUUUUUAUGGUUUCACUGGCCUUUCAUCUUGGAGUCAGUAAAAUCAUGUGACUGCUCAAUGAUUGCUUAAAAUGAAAGCUCGAAAACUAAUAACCAGCUUUAUUGUGUUGGUGCUUUUACUGUUGCCUCUUUAAGAAGUGACAUGCAGUCAAUCAAGUUGCUAAGGUGCACUAAAGUGAGGCUUUAUUGUAUUCAAUAUCUGGUUUCAAGACAUUGACCUUGGUUUUACAACAUAUAAAGGCCAAUUAUUGCAGCUUUGUAUGCUUGACUCAUGCCUCAUCCUGAAGAUACAUUUUAUGAUUGGCAAAAAUAUUGACAAAAAAAUUGAAUCUUGUCUUGAAAACAGACCAAAAUAAAUGUCACUGAGCAUAAUGUUCUGAUCGGUACUGCUGAUAGUCAAUUAUAUGCUAAAGAAAAAAAGAAAAAAAAAGAGGUUUGAUGGAGUGUCUUUGAAAUCUUAUCAGCUGCUCUUGAGAAACGUUCUGGCGGUAAAAACAUCUAAAGGACCGAUAAAACUUGUGCUGUGGCAUGCUGAUCGAAUAGAUGAAAGCACUAACCAUUAUAACCUUAUCAGUCAUCUUUAGAAAGGCAAUCUAAAAAGAGGCUGCAGACUUUCUGCCUCCAAAGUAUCAAGUGUCCCAACCGGCUAGGUGAAUACAAGCAACAUAUUUCAAAACUGCAAGGACAGGGACAUGUUUAACUCAGUGUCAUAUCAGUUCUUCUUUGAUUAACAAUCUGUAAACCUUUUGUAACCAAAGAGACCUGUCUCUGGGUUUCAGAGGUGAUGUAUCGCCCUAUAUUUGCCUCAACAGUUAAGGGCCUCCUUUGUCCUCAUUUUUGUGUCAUGAUGCACAAGAUAUUUUCCAUAGGUGUAAAGUAACCUUUGGACAACCUCCACUUUGACUUAGACCUAGUUGCAAGGGUCCCAAAAAGGUUUCUGUUUCUGUUUGGUUUUCUCUUGGUACAGUUGUAACCUGCACUUGUGGACACAGUGACAAACUGAGUUCAGAUGCAUUAGAAAUGGAUGUUAUUUUAAGCAAAUGUAAUGGUUUAUACUGUCCGUUUUUCAUGCAGUGCCACCCGAGGGGCCAAAUAAUGUGGCCAUCCACUAGUUUUGACCUUAUUGCGUUUGUACAGACUCUUGGUCUAAAUAAUUCUGAAAUUGCUGAACUGUUUUCACGCAGAGUCUCUCCAAGAAUGGUGAACCAUUUACCAUCUUUACUCCUGAGAGACUUGGCAUUUCUAGACUGGCCUUUUCAUAUCCAGAAGUUUAACUAAUUAGCUGAAAAUUUGUUUUGUUAGUUGGGAGAUUAUUUUUCCUCCCUGGUAUGCUGUCGCUGCUCUAUUUUCAGUCAAAUAUAGCCUACAAAUGAUUUACAAACCAUUAAAUUAUGUAUUGAUUAACAUUUUAAACAGAGUCCAGACCCUGAUGGAGUCGAUGUAAUAAAUUGUCACUAAGUCUGGGCCUCAGCUUGCCCCUGUUAGUGGACUGGUUUAAUAUUAUCAAAGGUCAAAUUUGCAUUUUUAAAAAUUAUUUAAACAUAUGUCUGACAAAAAAGGAUAACAAAGGCCAUGUGGCCCAUGCAUUUUUUUAAAUAUUGUUUUAUUAUUAUUAUUUCUGAGUCUAUUCUUGAAAAUGACAACAGAAUAUAGCAUCUAAAUCUUAGGUCAUGGAGAUCAUUGUUAAAAACUUUGCUUCUAUCAGCUCAAUGCGAAAAAAUAAAUCCAAUUGUAUGCCUUUCUCAUAUAAAAAAUACUCAUUUGAAGGAUUGUUGCCACAAAAUUAAUAAUUCAACUAUAUAUUUUCAGUUUUUUAAUAUGAGAUUUUCGAAUGAAGGAGGAAAAAAUCUUUGCAUCACAUGUACCAACCUUCAACACUAGUAAUUUGUGUAGUGAACGGGCGAGGCGCUGUGCAUCAUCUGCUGUCUGUGUAGCCUCGGCUGGCUCCGCACAGACAGUCAGAGACAGCCAUGGAGAGGUGGAGAGCGGACUGUUUUCUUUGUUAUUUUUAAAGUAAUACAGUUCGCAGCUAUGGCACUGUCAGCGGUGACCUGUCCCGGUCCACUUCCCGAUGCAGCCGAAAGCAGCGAGACGAUUUCCACCGGUUAAGUAUAUGUCACUUUUUCCUCUCCCAGCUCAGAUUGGGAUUGCGGUAGUCGGGAGAUAUGUGCCAUCGCUUUGCUGGUUGUAAAUCUGUUCCGAUAUUGAUGUGGGAUUCCCUCUGUGUCCUCUGACGGGAGGGGAACUGCCUGCGGUCGGCAUGUUUUGGGUUUGUUUGAGCGGCUGUUAGCGGGCAUAGAACAGAUAUUUAUAGGUGAGUAGUGUGACAAAGUUGUGCACUUGUCGGUGGGCUGCUGAAAGGCCUGGCUGUGGUGUGUGUAUGUAUGUGUGUGUGUGAACGGAGUUUGUUUCUGGCUCCCCUCCCCCACUCGCCGCUGCUGUUCUGCUCAUUCUGGAGAGGCCAAGACAUGAAUGUGAUGAGAGGCUCACUUCAGAGGAACAAACGGAUGUAGUUUCGGGAUAAAAGGGACCUCUACAGCAUAACGCCAACCGGCUAAAAUCACGCCAGAGCAUUGCAAAAAUCCUGCUGUCAGACCACACACACCUGUGACCGCAGAACCGUUAAUUGAAAUGUGCACGCGCCAAACGAACAUCUUUGCUGCUGACACUGUAGCAUCAGGACCGCUGGUUUGACUCGGGGGAUAAAUUACAAAACAUUAUGAAUAGGGGAUUAAUACAACAGCCGUUGGAUGUGCUCGCAGUCGUAUGUCAUGCUUUAUGAGUUUAUUAUAUUAGUCAGUUCCCUUAUGCAAAGUGCACGUGCUGCCCUCACUAAAGGUUUGAACGCACUGUUGCCAACCCAUUCUUUCCUGUCUUUGUUCAAUCGCGAAAAUUAGAUUUAUCAGUAUUGGACAAAACAGAAAGUGGGUGUGCCUCAAAAAGAAUGUGAUGGCACCCAUAGAAAAAGGUCGUCUCCAAUCAAACCUUGAGCACAGAUCACUGAGAGUACUUUUAAAAUGCAUGUUAUAAAUACUCAACCAUUUAGAAGUGCAGACAGCUCUAAGUCACUCACUCAGUGCGUUUACAUGCACAGCUUAAUCAGACUAAGCUCACAAUUCGUUUUUUCGCCAAAUUGGACUUCUCUCCUUGUCCGUAGCUGAGAAAAUUGAAUUGUUUACGUGAAUGUGCCCUCCUCCCCAAAACUAGGGGGCGGUAUGGGUCUUUUCAGCGGCGCUGUUUCCGACCCCGUACUACUGUCAACGACAACAGCAGGUCUGUGCCAGACGUCAGAAGCGGCUACAACUGCUGCUGGGCAUUUUUGAGCAAGAAGCUGGAGCAUCGUACAGCGUUGCCUUUGUCGUACACGAUGUACGUGCUACUUUUUUCUGCGGAUUAGAUGCACGCUACUCCUCUUCUCUGCUGUUUUUUUAUCAGGAAUUACGGGGGCGUGGCGCACGCGUACAUGCAUUGUCCGAUCAUACCCAGACUACGCCGGUUACAUGGUAGAGAAAAUCGAAUUCCAGUCACACUACCUAGGUGUCUUCAUCGGAGUACUCAAACUCCAAUUAUAGUCAGACUAAGGUGUUUACGUGCACUUCAGUUGUCCUGUCUUAAUCUGAAUAAGGCAAUAAUUCAGUUUUCUCGAGUGUCAUGUAACGUACUGAUUGUUUUCAUUGGUUUGUGCCAUAACCAGGUAUUAAGACCUCCUGCCAAUAGCUGUAAAGAACGCCUGACCUCUACUUUAAUGUGUAAUUUUAGAAAAGCUGACUUCUUGACGGUUAUAUCAAGCAGUCAGCACUAAAUUGGCAUCCCAACACUGUAUCUAAAAGCUUGACCAUUAGCUUUAUGUGCAGGUGUAGAGGUGGAGACACUGGCACCAGCGUGGCUUUGCUCAGCAACAUUUCAAGAGGACCAGGAUGUGUCCUUGAACUAGACAUUCAAUCCCUAAAAUCUUUCCGCAUGCUGUUCUGCAGCUGACCAUGCUCCACGAUGGCAGGGAUAUGGAGUAGGUGGAGAAUUUGAAAGGACGAUCAAUUGCACAUCAUUUGCAAUAAUGCUAAUAUCGGCUAUUAAUAGGGGUAACUAAGACUGCAUUGUUAAUGAGUUCAUAUUUGAAACCUCAUGUGAAUUCACCACUGUGAUGAAACACUCAUACUCAUUUAGAUGAAUGUGGAGUAGCUUUGUAAAGUAAUGAUAUGCUGAUGCAUACAAAUCAGAGGACGCAUUAACUCUUCAUCAUAUUCAUGUUAUUGCCUGAUGGAGAACAGCUUCACAGCCAGACUGCACUAAAGCCACAACUCUUGGCCUGGAUUACCACAGCGCGCCCACAUAACUCUGAAUGUGACUCAGUGCUGCACAAUUAUAGACUAUAAAACUGCUUUACAUGCGUAAUGGCUCUAGUUAAAAAUGUUUGUGUCGCUUACAUGUGAUGCAAAAUAUGCAGUCACUUGCUGUCAAAUGCAUGGAGUUAAUCUUAGUGUAUUUGCGUCAUUGGUUCGUGUGUUGAUUUCUCCUUCACUUGCAUGAAUUUCCUAAUUCUACCGAAAGUUUAUCAUACCAGCAUAGUACUUCAGUUUCCAGAGGGUGCUAUAGUCAAUUCCUCGUUUCAGAGUGUAAACAGCUACACAUCUAACUAAGAAUGCAGAACGUGUUGCAUAUGAGGAUGAACUCUAAAAGUACAAUCUGCUCUCAAAGCUUUGUAGUUGUUUUUUUUUUUUAUCUUCAAUUCCUUUGGAUUUGCACAUAAUUUCAAACUGGCAAAUUCAUAGGUUUUCCAUGAAGCUCUGAUCAAAUGGGAACCGUGCAAAAGUCUGAUAAUCUCCCAAGUGGUUCUAAUCCUCUUGUGACUCAGCGUAUGGUAUAAAUGGCACAAAAUCAAUCUCCCUUCUGCCUGUAUCAUCUGUGUUUAUGAUUUUACCUCUAUUUAGCAAUUUACUGAGAAUAAACAGUUUUCACUGUAGUGCUUUAUCAAAAAAAAAAGUGCUACUUGUGAUGUGAUGAAGCUCAUUAUCUAUUUUCCCCCCUUGCAGGAGUGUUUUUGCAGCAGCAUAAGUAGAGGUGUGGAUCUUAUAGUGUUGCAGUGUGGGCUCUACAGGGACGUGGUUUGUGGAUGCCGGGACUAUGAGCAUAAGCGACAAAAGGGACUAUUUAGAAGAAGGAGGCAGCUUUACUGAGAAUGCUCCCAGGCCUCCAGUGCCAGGAGGAGAGGGUGAGGGCGAGGAGCGCACUGGUGGACGCCAGUACAGCAACCCUGGCUUCUCCUCAAAGACAGAGAGCCUCAAAUGUGAGGCAUCUGUGGCUACACCCAGGCGACCUGACUUGGACCUGGGUUAUGAGCCGGAGGGGAGCGCUUCCCCAACACCACCCUACCUAAAAUGGGCAGAAUCCCUUCACUCUCUCCUGGAUGACCAAGAUGGUAUCCUUCUGUUUAGGACUUUCCUAAAGCAGGAGGAGUGUGCAGAUAUGUUGGACUUCUGGUUUGCAUGCAGCGGCUUCCGCAAACUUGAAGCGAAUGAGAAUAAUGAGGAGAGGAAGCUAAAACUGGCGAAAGCUAUCUACAGGAAAUACAUCCUUGAUAACAAUGGGAUUGUCUCCAGACAGAUCAAACCAGCUACUAAGUCCUUCAUCAAAGACUGUGUCAUGAAGCUCCAAAUUGAUCCUGCGAUGUUUGAUCAGGCUCAGACUGAGAUACAGACUAUGUUGGAGGAAACCACCUAUCCCUCAUUUCUAAAAUCGGACAUUUAUUUGGAAUAUACACGGACAGGAGGAGAAAGCCCCAAACUGUAUAGCAAUCAGAGCCCCGACUCAGGAAAUGGAAAAGUGCUGUUGGGUUAUUUACCAACUUUAAACGAAUCAAAAGAAUUGAGCUACGACGACGAGCCAGAGGAGCAGCCCAAGUGUGAACCCACGAUUAGCAACCGACCGACCCAGAAGCUGCUAAUGGAGGCGGCACCACAACACAUUGCUAACAGCCCGAGAUUCCAGGACAGUCCUGAGUACAGGUAAAUCCUCUCAGUGAUCUAGAAAACUCCCCUUUUCUCUGCAGACUGCUGAAUUAAAAAUAAACCUGAAGCCCUGCAAUGCCAAGAACACUGCCUUAAGUUUGAUAUGAAAACAGAGAAGAAGUGUAGCACUGUCACAGCUGAGAUAAUUGACACCGGGUGCAAAGGAAAUGUCAGAGGCUGCAGAAGUUACACUGUGUUUGAAGGCAGAGGUAGUUUUUUCCUUGUGCAGGUAGUGUGGGAGUCAUGUUUUUAUCUCUAAGGAGGAGCUUGAACUCUAAACUUGGUAACAGCUUUUUUGACCUUCCUUGUCCUCUGUUUUAGUUCUGCUUUCAGGGCAGACUGUCUCCUCUUCUGUGAUGAAAUCCUUUUUAAUAAUUUUGCAUUGUCACAGGUAUCAAUUCUUUAAACAGCUGUUGUCUGGCUUUCUGUACCAAGCUGCAAAAAUGUACUUGGGUGAAAUGAGUAUUUGUUCAAGUUGUUGCUGUCAUUGCAUUGUUGAUACUUAGGCCACAAAAGUGGGAAUAUAUCACAGCGCUUGUUUCCUAAGCAUUAACACAAAGGCAAUAUUUUACUUCUCCCAAAUUUAACUCAGCUUGACAACAGGGGUUAGUGAUAGGACGAUAUUCGGUUAUAAUGGAUCAGAACUUGUCCUGGCUCUGCAGAUCCAGAGAGAGAGCUGUAUAAGCACAUUGUGUUGCCAUCUGUUGUGGUUUUGUGCUCAUACUCAGACACAUGUUGACGCAGUUUGUAACACACACAGACUACUUGCGCAGAUGCAGACCAUGGGCUCAUCCACCACACUAAUUUUGAAAAUACCAGACAAGAUAUUGGAUAAGUGGUACAUUUGCUCAUGAAGAGAGAAGCGCACUGUUGCUCAGGAUCACGCUCUGCACUGCAAGGGUAUUAAACCCAAAGACAGAGUCUUGCUCUGUUGAAAAAGAAAUCACACUAAAUUUGUUUUAACUUUUAGAUAUUUGAAACAGAUUUCAGUUUAAAUAAUGUUCAAUUUAGUUAAGGCUGUGUUUAAUGUGCUUAAUGUUACCCAGACAUGAGUCAUACAGAGUUAAAUGUUAAGAUUAGGGAGAGGUGAUUAAACCACUGUAGCAUAUUGAGUCUGUACGGGUACCAUACUGUGUAGAGUUUUGAGUUCAGGCUUGGUUAGUUCAGGUAGCGUUACACUAUCUUCUCUUUUUAGCGAUGUCCAUGUUAUUUCAGUGUGAAUAAAGUUGCUUUAAAUCCUCUCACACAUUUAGGGUUUAAAUGAAGAAUCCACAUACUGUGUGCUGCCUCGGAAACUCAGAGCGUAGACUGAUGAAGCUUGAUCAGCGAGAUGCUUUCCAGCCAAAGUGCACUUAGCUUGACUGCUGUUUACUUUUUCAAAACCUUAUUGAUUUUUGAAUCAAGCAGAAAUUUCUAAGACCAUAUAUAUUAUAACUUGUUUCAUGACAUUUGUGCUUAGGAUGAGUUUACCACAUUGCACAAACUGUUUAAAUCUGUUCAAGUGGUACCUUGAUGUCUACCUGGAAUGAUCUACAGAAAGAGUUGAAACUCAGUGAACUACCCUCAUUGGAUACUUUUAUUUAAGGGACAGUUGAAAGACUUGGAGUCAGGCACAUCUGGGUGCAAGUCAAUGCUUUGAUUAAUUCUUAAUUCUGGAUAAUUCUGAGAAAUAGCUGCUGCUUAAAUUCUUGUAUGUCUGUUAUGGACAACAUAUAUUAUGUUGUAUGGGUAUGACUGUUUUUAUGUAUGUGUGAAACUCUGCUCACUGCUGCUGUCUUGGCUAGGACACUCUUGAAAAGGGGAUUUUAAUUCUCAAUGAGGUUUUCUCUUAGUUAAAUAAAGGUUAAUGAAAAUAAAUAUAUAAAUGGUGAAGAUGUUUCUUUGACUCAGCAGUGUGGCGUGCAAGUUUACAUUUUACAGCCAAGUGGUCCCUCUGGUUGUGGGUCUAUGAGCAACUAUCCCUGAUGUUUCCUAAUCUUUUGCUAUUAAAUGCAGUUAGCAUUCCUCUUCUGUCAGUUUUACACUGCAUCAUACUCUUUUUGUUUAACACAGUUAUCAGCCAGCUUUGAGAAGCAUUACAGCCAUCAUCUGGUGGGAGUACUGCAUUACAACUAGCCUGUUUUAAACCGUGUUGACGUGUGUUUGUGCGAUUGGAGAAUAUUCCCUUCAAUUUGAUGAUUUCGUUUAUAAAUUAUUGAAAAAUCAAAGCUUGGAAAGUCACCCACAAUGCAGUACAACCUUAAGGCACCCCUUGUGUGCUACAUAGAUAAUCCAGCUUUCUUUGUAAUUUAUGUAGCUAGGUUGGUCUGUAUAUAUUUCAUUUCUUCAGGGAUCGAAGCUCUACAGUAUAAUAAUUUUGGCUGCCGAAAUGUUCAGCUAUCGUUGCAUUCACGGUUCCUGGCUUGUUAGCUUGUUUGCCAUACAUAGGUUUGUACAGCGUAUGGCAACAAGUAUAGGAAUCAGCAUUAUUAUUGGCUUUUCUUUGUAGAGAAGUUGGUGAUUAAGCUGGCCAGUUGAAGUAAACUGGUUUAGGAGUGAAAAGUCUUUGAUAAUCACUGACCUGUUCAAAUACUGCAAAUUCUGACUCCAGAAAACCAACAUGGAAACAACAAAAGUGUUGAGUUUGAGGGUUCAUUAUCAUAUUGAAGCUAGCAUUGGUUGUAAUCCACCCUGUGUGUGCUCAGCUUAACAUACAUUAGACAGAGGAUUGACAGAGCAGUCACAGUUUGACUCUGAAAGGCUCAGAAUAAUGAGACCAUGGAUGCUUGUUUACAUAACCGUGAUCCUCCUUAAUAAGAAACUGAUAUCACAUUAAACAAAUGGAAAUUAAAUGAGCAUUUUAACAUGCUCCAGCUUUGAAUGUGUUUGAAAAUGAAAGAUUAAAUAAAUCAUUGCUGACUACCUCCAUUUAACCAAUGCCACUGCUUAUAAAACUCUUCAUGGAAUGGCGUUAAAUCGUAAAUAGAGGAUUGACAUGAAAUAAAAUCAUGAGAUCUAUUGAUUAUUCUUGAAAUGUUCCUUGAUGCAAGCUCGACAGGGGAGUUCGAGUGCUAAUCUCAUUUCAAAUACUGUAAUAUCUGGAGUCACUGUAAAGUAUGAAAACAAAACGAGUCCUUCAAUGAAUAACACAAUGCGUUUAGAAUAAAAGGUGAAUCCCCUAGGGCAAAGUUGAGAGAACAAACAAGACUGUAGCAGUGAAAAGAGUCUCAGGCAACGUAUAUUAGAGAAAAACAGCAGAUUAAUACAUGGACCAGAACACUAACAGCUUCCUGUUACACGAGUUCCAGGAAUACGGUGUUUAUCUCCAACAGUGAUCUGUGGAAGGGUCCUUUUGUUAGGCCAUAGUGAUCUUAUGAUGAGAAUACAAAGGAAACUCUGACAAACUCUGAAAAUGUCUUUAUUUUUAUUUUUGUGGUGCAGAAACUAUUAAAACAAUUUUAAUGUUUUCAUUAACUUUGUUAAAAUGGGUACGCCAAAGUGGGAAUACAGUUUCUAAUUUUAUAAAAGAAACCAGGGAUGGACUUGGUGACUAGUUACCUGGUUCAAAGUCAAGACCUCAGUCUGCUAACCACAAGUCUGACAGCUGUACCCUCUCAGCUGGUGUUGGUACAGAGAGAUAGCAGCUUGUAUGUUGGCGAUCUAAAAAAAAAAAAAAUGACCCUGUCAACUGGUGACUUUUGGCCAUUGUGUCAAUGGUUGCCGUAGUUACAACAGUUGAAAAUGAAAGGAGGUCUUGCUGAUUUUUUUCCCCCUUUGUGUUAUAAGACAGCUGAUGAGUACAUUUUGACAUAACUUUGAAGACAUUUCUUUUUGGUUUCAACAGCUGUUGUAACUAUGACAACCACAGACCCGUUCUGCUGAAAGAUGCAAGUUAACAGGGUCGCUACUUGAACAAAAGCACUGUUAUAUUGGAGAGCACUGUGUCUUCUGCUCCAGGCUUCAUUGUUGUCUGCAUUUUGAGAGUGUGUUAUUAAAUGUUAGUAAUUUGUUAAUCCAGUUGGUAAUUGUGAUGCUGACUAGUUGCAGUAAGGUGUUACAAAAGGCUCUUCCCUUUGAAGGUGGAGCAGGAGGUAAAUACAAUACAAAAUAUGACUGUUUGGGCAGGUGAAGUAACCACACUCAUCGAGUUAGCUGCAUUUUCCUAUUUCUGCCUCUUUUUUCCAUUUUUCAUUAAAUUCUGCUGCCUCUCAGCUUCUCUUGAUAUCACCUCCACUUAAGAUGAACUAAAAGCUUGCUAUUGUGAAAAUAUCUUUAAUAACAACACUCAAAGGCGGUUUCAUUCUUUGUGCGUGUAUGUAUGUGUGUGUGUGUGUGUGUUGGGGGGAAUCAAUGUUUGCUUCAUAUCUCUCAAAUAUGAGCAACAAAAAAAAUCCACUCAAAGAAAAACCUCAGGCGUUCCAGCCAUGUGUGAGAAAAGAUGUGGGAAAGUAUCUAAGGAAAUAAAGGAGCUUAAACCGAAGAGUGAAAACCAGGUUUGAGGUUGUUUCCUCAUUAUUUCAGCAAUCAACGAUUUGAGCAGAAUUACAAACAGAUAAGCUUUGUUUUGAAAUGGUCUUUUUAACCACACCCCACGGGUUUUGUGAAGGUAAAUUUUUCAUCAAAUGUGCCUGAUCUCUUCAGAGACAACCAGCAAAGGAUAUUAAAUCCACCGCUAAAUCAGCUGCAAAAGGUAAAAUGACUUGGAAAAAGGAAACACUAAAGGAUGAUUGGUGAGAAAUUUGAAAUAUGGGCAUCUCAGUUUUGUUCUCAGAGUGUUAGUUAUGUACGCUAAAGGUAAGGCUUCACUCUUCAUGUAACUUUAAUGAAAGAAUAGUUCUCUUUUUUACUUUUUUUGCACAGCACUUCUAGUCUGAAUGUUAGAAAACAGACCAAGUAAUAACUCGCAUGAAUCAUAUUGUAACUGGGAGGGAUAUGAGACCAGUUUUCUCUUCUUUUUGUUGCUGUGAGGUUACUGAAGAUAAGAAAGGCAAUCCCAUUCAUGCUUGUUUCUUUUAUUUCUCACCACUUUAAAUGUGCCACAUUUCCAGCAGACCGUGCUUUUUAUUUGUCCCAUCCCGUCCCCAACCUGGCACUUGAAUUAUUCACUGUUGUUGAAUGAAGAUGCUAAUGAAAAUCAGUCGGUCACAAAGGUUUCAUUUUGAACUCCUGGUUCUUCUGCAUUCCAAACAGGGAGAAAGCUCUGGAUUUGCACUUCGGGGAAUUCUAAUUUGAAUAAAAAGAGAUGAUGCCCGACAUCUUUAAUUCAUGUGUUAGAGGUGCGCUCAGCAAAGUCAGUGACUGGAAAUGUAAAAGGUGUCAAAUGAGGCCUUUCCAUAUAGCUUCAGAGGUUCUUGAAGAGUGUGCAUCAGAUUAGAAGCUGCAGUUGAACUCCAAAGUUCAGUACUUAACUGCUGAAUUAAGUGUCCUGGCAAAGGAUGUAAGAAUACAGUUAACUGCUGUGUAACUAACCAGAAAGGUUGGCACGUAUGUUAAGUGGAGUUGAAUGAAUCCCCAGAGUAAAGGGUUUUGAUUGGAUUGGAUUGGAUGUUCAUGAGAAGAGCCUUUUGAUUCAUUUUCCUCAGCUGAAGAAAUACACGUCACAGAUACAGACACGUCAUAUACUGAAUGUCCCACUGUGGUCCACUCGGUUUUGUAGUGUUGUCAAGAAGUAGGGAUGUCUCGAUACAAUAUUGAUUUCCCAUAUCGGUCCGAUAUCAGCGAAUAUCAGUCCGAUAUCAUCAAAUUUCAGAUUGUAUCGGCUUGCAUCUACAAUCUCCAAUAACAGCAUUCUGAUACAAACAGUCCAUUCCAGACUCCGCUCCAGCACCUCUAUCUAGCAGCGCCUGGAUCUAGCAUGCAGAGCCCAUGUAAUCACAACAAAAGUGUGUACUAAGGUACUAACAAAGUAACAAGGAGUAGGAGCGAUGGCGGCCGUGUGGCAGUAUUUUUCGUCGAAGUCCGAAAGAGACAUUGCAGCUGAGUAUGUGGCUGCAAUGCUGCAAAGUUUGUGCAUGAUAAACUUGUCAUGCACAAGCUUGUGCUUACGUCAGAUCAAUAUUGGUAUCAGCCAAUACUGAAGACUACAAUAUUGGUAUUGUAUUGGAAGUAAAAAAGUUGUAUCGGGUCAACCGUAUCAAGAAGUGUACCUGUGAAGAACAUCAGCUCCAACUGGCUUUUCAACCAAAUCUGGGGUUAUGUUAACCUCAUUUUGACAGAUUUUUCAGAUUGUGCCAGAAAGCCAGAAUACUGAUUGGACAAGAUUUGAACAGUAAUGACAUGUUUCCCCACAAUGCUGGUAAAUGUUGCUCAAAGUAACAGUGAUUAUGCCAGCAGUUGUGUACAUGAUAGACCGGCUGAUGAUCCUGCUUUGAUUUUUCGUCUUUUAAUUUAAUGUAGCAGAAAAGAAGCAUUAAAAUAAAAGCGCAUUUGACUAUUAGUGAAAAUGACAAAGUGAAAAAGCCCAACACAGCCCAUGUUAUACACUCUUGUGAUAAAACAAUACUAUCUAUAAAUCAGAAAAACUCUGAAGAGCUAUGAGCUUAUCUUUAUUCACAAAUUCCCUUGCUCUAACAGCAUCCAUUAUGUCACGCUUUGUGUCAGACCUGAUUGUUUUUCACAGCCUUUCCUGUAUUUCUUCACUUCUCCUCAGGCAUGCACCGUGUCACGAGCCCAUCAACCCGCACCCCGCCAAGUUUGUUUAUGAUAUGGCUCCUACGACCAGCGCCAUUGAUAGUGAGCAGCAGAGCAUGUCCAGUGAUCAAGACACGAUUUCUCUCACGGACGGCAGUGUGUGAGUAUUUCCUCAUCACAUCAUGAAGGCUGCUACAUUAUGAGGGCUUCAUAGCACCCAGUUCUGUACCUGAUACUAGUUCUUCUCUGCAUGGCGGCUUAUACAGAAACAUAAAUACUAACCUACUCUAAACACCUGAUUUCAGUGUGUGCAAAGCGAUUCUUUAUAGUCACAAAUCUCUAUUUGGGUGGAACAAAGCAGAACUGUUUUGGCACAGGGAUGAGACCAAAAAAAUUAGUUUCCAUCUGGGAUCACUCACACACACACAGGACUUGUAUUUCAGUGAAAUGUGCCUCUAAAUGAUGAUUUAAAAGAUAGUAUUUCAUAGGUAGGGAGAUGGCGCAGGGGUAUUAUCCCGCAGAAACUUCAAAGCUCACACAACUGGACACAAAUGUGUUUCAAGCCUAAAUGCAUCAGUUUAUUUCAGCUAAAUGGUCCAGAAAUUUCAGCACAGGAGACUGUAAAACCCAGCAUGACCAACACCACAUGGAGUUUCAGACUAAUGGGUGUGUUAGCAUUUUGCUGUAAUCUGCCAGACCACUUGUAGUGCAGGCGAGCCACAGUAAACCUGUGAGAGUGCCUGUACUGAUUAAUCAGGACUUAUUCAUUUUAGGCAAAAAAUGGAGUGGAAAAGCUUUACACUUCAAAGCUGCCUGUGUUGUUUAUUCAUGAGGAUGUUUUAUGAAAAUGCCUUUGUCGUUAAUUCCAGAGAUGGGGUACCACCCUGCAGAUACCGCAGACAAGAUCGCCGGGAGAUGCAGGAAAGUGCCAAAGUAAACGGGCCAGUGUCACUACCUCGUAUUCCAGUGAGUUAUUCACGGGUUACUUCCUUUUUCCUCUGACUUUCUGCCUCGACACUCAUUUUCUAGCUGUCUGUGUCUGCCGUAUUUUUCCUCCGCUCCAACACUUGAGAUGUGCAUAUUUAAGCUCUGCUAUGUCGCAGGGCCUGUGAUGGAGUGUAAGAAUAGCUGAUGGUGAAAGAGAGGCCUGUCUAAAUGCAGCUUGAUGCUUUCCUAAGCUGUGCGUGCUGAAGCCUAGCAGACAUGAUUCCUCCCCUGUGACAGCCUGAUGCCUCCCUUUGCAGCGCUGGCUGUCUCUUGGUAGGAAAACCCGGCCCUAAUUAGGCCUCAGAGUAAAAAGUCAAAUUAAAACUCCACUCGUAGCUUCCUAUCGAGAUGCACAAAUCAACUGUAUGAGCAUAUCUCUCGUGUUUUCCUGCACUAACAAAUCGAGCAUGACUGCACUUCAUGUCAGAAAGAUUGACAGGGCUUGGGGGUUAUUUUUUGAAUGCCAGUUUGUUUUCCAACCUGUCUUUCUUCUGUCAAAUCAGGGGUUAACAGAUUUUGUGUUGUCAUGUAUUAACCAUCAGCAGAAAAGACAAAAAUCUUAGUGUUUUUCUUAAACAGGCAAGUCAAAUUGAAUUUAAUCAUUAACAUCGCUGAAGGCAAUUCAGAGCGACUGAAAACAAGAAGAGGGGGGAGCAUAAACAUGAGUAUUCAGCUGUAAUGUCAGUGCAUUAUCCUUUUGACACUGUCUCCUGGAAUAUAUCCUGCUCAUGUUUCCGUCUCUGCAUGCGGUCACUCAGAGGAUAUCAGGGGUUUGGGUUUCAGACUGACCAUAUUCUGUCAACAGUGCUGCUGCAGAGGCAAAAAUGUAGAGAGACUGCUCACAGUUUGACGUCUCUUCCUUCAGCCCCCGAACCGGAUACUAAAGGAUAUCCAUGUGGAGCCAGAGAGGUUUGCUGCAGAGCUGAUCCGCAGACUGGAGGCUGUACUGAGAGAGAGAGAGGCUCAGGAGAAGCUGGAGGAGCGGCUGAAGAGAGUACGACUGGUAUGUUCAUUUUCUUUCCCCAGCCAUUGUCUAGUGUUUUGAAGCACAAGCACACGCACUGUUUUGGUUAAUUCGGGCUAACGUGUGUGAAUAAGAAGCUGUCUUUCUACGCUAAUGCGGAGGUUCACAUUGCAGAGCGAUGUCUGUGGACUAAAUGAGAUCUUGAGGGAGUUCAGGGAGAGGACAGGAACAGAGAUGUUUUUGACUCAGAGACAUUCGGAGCUGCUUUUACUUAGUAAGUGAAUAAUAUCACUGGCCUGAGGGGGAAAUAAAAUUGAAGUAUGGAUCCCUAAAGUAGGGGCAGUUAAGGGCUGCCGUUAACAUCCAUCGCCACUGUGGGUUUAAUCUUCCCAUUAUUUUUCAGAUAAAUGGGAUAAGUAACAGAAAAUAGUGGAAAAUUUUUCUCCAGAGGACGUUGUUCCAGAGCGGGUUCCUGUAUUUGCUACAGCAGUUUGUUUAGUCCAGGAACCAGGUCUGCUCCACAUAAAAAAUAAAUAAAAAGCCCCUACUGUAAACUUUCAAGUUUCCUCUUACCUGAAUUCACUGAAAUAAAGGAUUGUUCAAUAAAUGAUGAUCCAAGAAUGUGGACUGAGAAGCAGACAGUCUCAGAGUCAGGACUGUGUAUGAGGUACCUGAGCGGCUCACUUCUAAAGCCUACAGGCGAGAUGUGUGUCUGGCCAUUGGGCUAAAAGUUUUCUGCAACAAAGGAGACUUAAAUCCGUCUGGCCUUAAUGAAAUUAAUGAGGCUAGCCAUUUGAACGGGGAACAAAAACACAAUAUGAAUCAUUUGGAGAAUUCAACCAUUGGCCUGUCAGCGAUCUGGCUUUGUCGAUGAAUCGGAUGGAGCACCUGCGCACUCGGCCACUUGUAAGCCUGGAACAGCGUGCCGCCUGUUUGAUGUCACUUGAACGGUGAUGAAAUAGUCGCUGCUACCACAAACAAAAUCUCCCUCAGUAGUCAGAGCCAAGUAUUAAGUCUCAAGGCAGACAAUUUACGUGGUUUGGACCUAGAGAGAGAGAAGCUGCCAUCACACGGCUGGAGGUUUGCUUUAUUAAACCUGGAGGCGGGCAUGAAAUGACUGUCCUUAUGUGGAGACACAAUAUCCCGUCAAGAAAAGAAGCUUGAAUUUUAGCUUUUUUAUCACAGUCUGCUAAGAAGGAAAUAAAAGCCUCCUUUAGUGUACAUUUUACAACAUUGGACCUUGUGUUUGAGCUUCGCAGAGGAUAAAUCACUAAAACAAGAGUGGCGACAUGCUGUUCACAAAAGUAAACAAAUGGCAGAGAGACUGAAGAGCUCCACUUCUCUGAUUGUUUUUUAUUUGCUCUUCAGAGAAAAACUAAGCACGCUACCGUUUAGUUUAUCACUCUCAACAAGAACACUCAUCACUUAACCCUUUUUCUCCACUCAAGCUAUCCUGCAGGAUGUCAGAUACCUGCUGGCGUCGAGGGAUCCGGUGUUGAAAUGUGCUCCAAUUAAGAUGUCAUGGUUCCAUAAAUAGCUUCCUGUGGGCUCAGUAAGCACAGAUUUUUGGAUCUUGUGUAGAGAUACAGAGGAUUAUAAAAGUUUUAAAACAUGCCAACAGAUAUUUGGCUGCACAUAGCAACCCUUUACAGAAUCGAUAAAUUCAAGAAAGCAGUAGGCACCGCAGGUUGAGAGACUCUUUUCUGUCUUCUUUGAUACAUUUAUAGCAAAGGGGAUGGUGAGCACAGGGCAGCUCAGUCAGUAUGGCAUUUCCACUGAAUGUUUAUUGAAGCUUUAUUUAAUUAUUUACACAACCGCCAUAAAAAAAAAGUGUGGGCAUGAGCUGGCUAAAAGAUGAAAGUGAAACCCCUUUCUACUGUUGUCUUUCCACUCCAUCUCUUUAUUCUCGCGCCUCUUUUCUCUCUCUGCCAAAGUGUUUCUAACUUUAUGCAGAACACACGACAGCGAAAAGCGUUGCAGAGUGUUUCUAACUUCUACAGCUGCUCUAAAACCAGUUUCUCAUGGUGGUUUGGGACAGUUUUUUAAUCUGAAACUAAACGCAAUAAUGCAUUAUGUGUGCAGUGGAAGAGUAUUGCGUUUAGUUGAAUUGAUUCAGAGUGCAUGGAGUGAUAUAGGGGUGGGUGGUAGGCUGGUUUGAAUACCAGUGAUAGGCUCAUGCUCUGCCUAAACAGAACCAUCAUUACAUAUUUAAACACAUUUUUUGGUUGGUUAUUUAAUUUAAACAUACAUAUUUGGUUGAAGGACAUUCACUUUCCUCAACUCCUAUACAGCCACAGGGAUGGGAGAACCAAAUCUUUUAAGUGAACGUACUGAACCGAACUGAAUUGAACUGAAUCACUACCUCAAGUGAUUUGUUAGUUUCUCACUUCAGUUGGGCUGUCAGCAGCAAAGCUUCCAUAGCUCAAGCAUUGCCGGGCGAGCAACCGGCGAGCGAGGGACCAUACAUUCUGACGCCUGAAUCUCUUGGUGAACAAAUCACGCAGUGAACUACACACUCUGGAAUCAUUUAUGCCCAAAGGAUACAUUUUCAUGACGACUGUUGUUCCCCAUUUUUCUUUAACAGAUUUAGUUCAUGAUUAAACAACCUUAAAAUGUUGCUGGCUGGUAGGCUGGCAGUCAUGAGAAGAGAAUGAGACCAGCUGCAGCAAGCUCUUGACUGGAGUGAUGGAGGAAGAUAGGGAUGUGUUGUGUUCAAAUGCACCUCGAACAAAACCAACUUUUUUUUUUUUUUAACUCUGCUAAAUUGCCGCCACAACAACUUGCAUACAGUAGGACAUAGCAUGUAACAAGUAGUGUGCAAAGCGCUGAAUGGUCCUGUGUUUCGGCAAACGAAUCUUUUUAGUGAACUGAUUCUAGUGAUUCAGUACAUCUUAAAGAACUGCAGUGCCCAUCACUAGAUGGGAGAGCACAGCAAUCGGGUAAACUUGUACGGUGGGUUUGCAAAUGCAUGAUGGCUGACACACAACCCCAGCACUGGUUUGAUGCAGCAGCUUUGGAAGUCCUCCAAGAUUGAUGUUGUCUAGAUUCAAGGUGCAGAGGUAGAAGCAGGUAUCUUGCUCAUCUGACUGAUGCGUAUUUGGGAUGGGUUCAGUUUUGUAAAACCUAAUUGAAACAAGCCAGACUCUGACGUCUGAGCACUAGGGGAAAACAUCAGAAAAAUGUGGGGGCGUUGCCAAUGGUGAUCCGUCAACCGGUCAUCAGCAGCUGAGUCAAGAAUUAAUCACUCAAUAGAGCUUAAAACCAACAGUAACUUCUGUGUUUUUUGACUCUGCUCUGCAAAUGUUGUGGUUGCGCAUGACUUUGUGGUGUGCCCUCCAGCAGUAUCCUCCUUUAAGACACAUAGUGCAUCAUCAGGUAUAUUUACAGGUACACUCAUCAUGCAGCCCAACGCCUGUGCAAAUGCAGGGCUGCAAAGCAAGUAAGCCCCGGUGUGGGUCAGGGUCCAGGGAUGAUUUAAAGAUCCAGGCUGUGGCUUUUAAACUUCCUAGUUUAAAGACUGACUGCCAAUACUGCAACUCCACACUACGGUGUUAUAGAAAACACUGAUAAUUGUAGCAGUAAUAAUGUCUGGGGGAGUCAGUCGCGGAAACAUGUUCAUAUGUUUCAGUGCUUUUACUAUGAAAAGUAAAGUAGAAUAUGGUUGUUUAUAUUUUGGGUCAUAACACCCACUUAGCUUGAUUGGAAAUAGAACCACGUGACUUGACUUGUCCUUGUACUAUUUAACUUUUUAUUUUUUUAUUCCUACAGCAGUCCCCAUUUAUGUAACACAUAGUAUUGCAUUCAUAGUUUGAACUCCAAACCUCUGCAUUAUGACUGAGUACACUCAUGGACAAAAUCUGCCAUCUACAGGUUGAAUUAUCUGUUGCAGUGAUACAGAAAAAUCCUAUAAUGUGUAAAGUGAGUGAGGAGUUUGAAUGUAUUUUUCUUGGUUUGGUUCCAGUUCGGAAUUUUGCCUCGAAUCAAUGUUUGUAUUUUGUGUUUUUUUAUGCUGUACAGGAAGAGGAGGGUGAUGAAUUUAUGCCCACCACUGCAGCAUUACCCAGUCACAGGUUCCCCCCUGGUGCUUAUUCGCAGAACUACAACUCCCGCUAUGCUGACUUCACCUACACUGCUCCUAUGAUGGGAGACUCUCAUGAGGAAAACCCUGAAAGCAUCUUGGACGACCACGUCCAGCGAGUGAUGAAGACUCCUGGCUGCCAGUCCCCAGGCACAGGCCGCCACUCUCCUAAGUCUCGCUCUCCAGACGGUUUCCCAGGAGGCAAAGGGAUAGGACUGCCUUCUGGUCAGGGUAAACAUCCAUCCAGACAUGGCCUGAAGGGGGAGAGCAGCCACCUGCACCACCACAAACACAUCCACCACAUCCAUCAUACUGGCAUUGGGAAGCCCAAAGACCAGGUGGAGGCUGAGGCCGCAGUACGUGUGCACAGCAGUUUUCCCUGGAGCAUGGAUUCUAGCCAUUGUGGGUCCAAGUCCCGUGCUUAUGCAGACGGCAUGGGAUCAACUCCUAUGGAGUACACAGGGUACAGGUAUGCAGCUGAAAGUGAGAGUGUCUUCAGGGUUCUUUCACAGUUGGAAUUUCCAUACUUUUCCAUACCCUACUUUUUAGAAUUAUUUUUGGAAAUACCGACUUUUGUCUUUUUGAAAACGGUAUUUUAGAACUGUUGUUAUAGUCUGGAAACAUAAAUAUUUUUCCAUCCUUUAUUUUUCAUUUUCAAUACUUUUUAAGAGCUGGAAAUGGAUCAAAUUCAUUUCCAUACUUUCCAUACUAGCAUAGGAACCCUGUGUCUUUGUUGUUACUUAAUCUAAAUCUGGUUUCUCUACUAACCAGCUUUCUUUCACUGCACAGUAGCAAAGGAGGCUCUCAGUGCAAAAGAGCCGUCAAGAAAAGUGAAGAAGGUCGAACAUAUGACAUGCCAGCGCCUCCAGAGGAGAUGGAGAAAAACCAGAAGAUCCUCCUGUGGCUGAUGGAAGGACAGAAAGAAAUGGUUCAACAUAAGAGGAGCCCGUAUGGGUCGGUGUUGACCUUUAGCUUUAUCAAGAACCAGCAUGUUUUCCUCUUCAUUAACAAGUGCAUAUUGUUUAUAUAAAUCGAUUGACGUUAUUUACAGAAGUACCACUGGAUCCAAGAGGACCGCAGCCCAUGAGGGAACCCGUCUUGGUUCUGUGGAGCGAUCAGGGCCCGUGCACCCCUGCAUCAACCCCCAACUGAGAAACAAUGUGCAGCCGUCUCACCCUUUCGUCCAGGAUCCCACCAUGCCCCCCAACCCAGCUCCAAGCCCCCUCAUCCAGCUCGAGGAGGUGCGACGGCGGCUUGAGGAGGAGAAGAUCAAGAGUGGAACUUUACAGCCCAAGCAGAGGUAAGAGGGGUGGUCUAUAUUGAUGAGUAUAUCACAUAAAGAGGAUGAGUGUGUCUAAAGGAGAAGAAGGGAGAUAGAUCCUGUAUUUAGCUGAAACAGAACAGUCACCCUUUUGUUCUUUAGCUUCUGUGCUCCUCAGUUUAGGUCUUUGUCUAACUGCUGGGGUUGUCCGGUCCCUCAGGUAUGUGAUGGAGGUGAUCCAGAGGGGUCGCACCGCAGUCAGGCCUCCGCUGUUCCCUCCGCUCAGCGUGGUGCCCGCCGUCUCUGACAGCGAGCUCUCCGAGCUUGAGUAUGUCCACUGUGUCCUUCUAGUUAUUUUCACAACAUCCUCAAACUCCUCAUUCAAAGGCAGCCCACCUCACCCCCCCAGAAAUGUGCUUUUGUUGAGCCGCUGAGGGAGACGAGAAAAAGCAGUGAUGAGCAAUUUCUUCUCCCUGAAUUCCUCUUUUGUGCUGUUUAUCAUCUUGUGUUGCAUCCUACCCCUCAUAAAUGAGUAUCCUUUUUAGUUUUCCACCGCCCAAAUACACUGUCAGCUAAAGACGCAGCCUGUCCUGCUGCUUGUUCAAUAUGGUGUGAAUUGAUUAAGAAUUAAGGAUGACCCGGUCUCCUCGGUGGUAAUGAAUGGAGCCCGGGAGUGACAUGAACUUUUAUUUUUUUUAAUUUGCACUUGCGAUUUAGGAUCUUGCAUUUGCGUUUUAUUAUGAUGCAUGUGGUUUUUAGUAUCUCAAAUGUGUGUUUUAUACAUACCUCGUAUGUGUGUUUUAUUAUUAUCAAGGACAGUGUCAUGGACAGAGAGCAUAUUAUCAACAUUUUCUUUCAUUUAGGUAUGACUCACAAAGAGAUACUCCAUAGCUUAGCCACAUCUGGUUUUGUUUUGAGUAGGAGACAUCGUAUCAGGAUCCUUAAAGCACAGUGACUUUGCCGUCAGCGGUAUUCGGACUUGCUAGAAGUGAUUUUUGUUUAUGAACGAACAGUAAAAUGGCACCUGUGAUAUAAUAAACCGCACGUGCGAAUUAUAAAAAAAAAGUUAAUUUCACCUCCCGGGCUCCGUAGUAAAGAUUCCUUGAGUUCACAAAUAUCUAUUGAUGUAAGAUCGUGUUAGGUUAUGCUAGAUUGGCUUUUUAUUCAAUAGUUUGGUUUCUCUUGCUCCCUUGUAGUGCAUUUAAGUACUUUACACAAAUAUCUCCUUUGAAACACAACUUGUCCUCAAAUAGCUGCACAGGGUUUCUGCAAAAAGUUCUUAUGAGUUUCAGUUGAUCUUCCAGUCUGCAUCCCUGCUGGAUAUGUAAAUUGCUUAGUUCAUCUUGACAGAUGUUGUAGUUAUCUGAUGUAAUGUGAGAGUUGCUCAUAUUAUACAGACACACAAGUGCCAUUCAUCUCUUUUUGUAUGACUGGUUUUACAUUUCAUUCAUGUGUUUGUAAUUUGUGAAUCAGCGUAGUCGCUGUCAGCCAUCUGCAAAAUCAGCAUCCUCAUUCACGAGUGUGUUGAUAAUGUCAGUCCCCUUAGACCCUUUUUUAUUUUUCACACAGCUUUGAAAAGUGAAUGAAGCUCGUUAUGCAUUUUUUUUUUCUUCUCUUUACAGACAUAAAGCCACUAAAAAGCUGCCAUGUGAGAACAUCACCGUGGCGUAUUACUUCUGUGAGGAGCUGAUACCAUACAGGACAUCAGUUAAAGGGAGAGUGGUCACACUGGGCCAGUUCAAAGAACUGCUAACAAAGAAAGGAAAUUACAGGUACUUGUUAGAGUCUAUUCCAGAAAAGAGGAAACGUGGCAAUGCUUUAAAAGUUGUAAGUGUCUGCUGGAUUAACAUGGAGACUUUGUUCAUUUCAGGUAUUACUUCAAGAAGGUGAGCGAUGAGUUUGACUGCGGGGUGGUGUUUGAAGAAAUACGAGAAGAUGAUGCCAUCUUGCCCAUCUUUGAGGAGAAGAUUAUCGGGAAAGUGGAACGAAUCGAUUGAAGCGAGCAAGUUGCAGAGAGAGCAGUCGAAAAGUCAGGGAGCGAUCGGCGAAGGAGUGAUUGGAUGGUGAAGAGGAAGUGUGUUGAGAUGGAAACCACAAGAAGAAGCAGAGGGGAGGAGAAUAUGAGGCAGCAGAGACGAGAAGUUGAAGAGCAGAGUGUUUAGAGAGGAUGACUCGUGGGCUUGAGGCUUGGUAGCACCACUGGGGUGAUGUUGGACUAGAAGACAAAAAAAAGACCUCAAUCACUUCUGUGGAGCGUAAUGUAGCAUGUGAGUGAAGUAGGUUGAUGAAGAACAAAAGUGCUACUAAAGCGACAUAUUUUUGAUAUGGUCUAACAGAGGUUCUCCUCUCUAAGUAACUUCACCUAAUUUUUAUACCUAAUGGUACCAGAAGUGUACGGUUUGUGCUAAAAGAUAACAAAAUUUUAUAUCUAUUUAAGUAUUUAAAAUGCUUAUUUUUAAUCCUGUGCCCCCCCAUGUUGGAGACGAUCAAAAUCCUUUAUAGGGCUGAGUUUGUUUUAAUCGACGCUAAGAGCCCUUUGGACUCUGAUGUUUGUGCUAUUUGUAUUUUAACCCUUAAAUUGCCAGUACUUAGUUUUGAGGCACUCAGUCAGGCUGCACUUUCUUUGUGUUUUAUACUACUGACUUCUUCUCAUCAUAGGAUUCAACAUGAGGUUCUGGAGCAACAAAUCCAGAUGCAGCCCAGUUUUAUAACCUAAUGCUGUUAAAGCAGAACUUUAAAAAAAAGAGUUUGGGUGAUUUUUGACCAAGUUUGAGAGAAUUGAAGGUCAUUUUAAGAUUGAAACGUUGUUGGACUUCUUCAAAAUACAGCAAAUAAGACAAUCUAACAUCAGCAAAAAUGUAAGCCUUAAAGGAGCUGUUUCCUGUCUGACGCUUUCUUAACCUUUAUUAAACAUCACAAAUUAAAAAAAAUAUGUAUUUACCACAAAAGCUGUGGUAUUACUGCUAAUAAUACAGGCUGUUUAUUUUUUUGGUCUUUGUAUGAAAUUUUACGUAGCCCCUAAAGUCCUGCAAAGAUGAACAUUUUUAUCCGUGCACAAGAUAAAAAAUUACUCAGAUGAGCCAAGGAGCACUUGAAGUCUCUCACAGCCACUUUUUUAGACAUGAAGCUAAAUUAAAUGCUUGGAAACAGUUUUAUAAACAUAUUAAUUUUGGAGUAGCUUGCUAUAAUACAACAUAAUUUCUAUAAGUUAGUAGGGGUGGGAGAAAAAAUCAAUACAGCGUAGUAUCGCAAUAUUUUGUCUGGUGGUAUAUCGUAUGGCUCAUUUACCAAGUAUCCAUUUUUUUAAAUUAAUUGCUAAUAUGAAGUCAAAUCUAUGAUAAUGGAAAAUUAAAAUCAACUGUUUGUCCAGUGAGGUUGGCAGAGGUGAGGUCAUGGAGUAGGAGAAACAAAUACAACAAAUAUAAUCAAGGUCUGCAAGAUGUGCUACAUGAAAAUAAGAUACUGUGUAAAUAAGACAAACAAAGGAAAGCCAAAUUCUGAAUUAGCUAAACAGUUGAAAACUUGUAUAAAUUGCAAUAUAUGGUAUUGCAAUACUCACUGUGUUGAAUAAUGUCAAAAAUCGCAAUAAUAUUAUAUCAUGGCCCAAGUAUGGUGAUAAUAUCGUAUGGUGGGGCCACUAGUGAUUCCCACCCCUGAUUCAAAAUCAAUUUGGAUCUGUUUAUGGAGUUGUGGAAAUCUGUGAUGAUUAAAACUGAUCACAUCUCUAUUUAGAAAUCAUGUCCCUGCCACAUGUGUUUGAUUUUUCAUCAGUGCGCUUUUACACCACAGAAAGUGCCUCACAUGUCCGAGGUUGUCCACAGGGCUCUAUUGGAGUGACAGCCUACCUGAUGUUACACUGCAGGUCCUGUCAGUGAGUUGAAUUGGGCUCUCAAACAGCAGCUGCAUAAAGACCGACACAUGAACAGAUGAAGCAGCAUUGAGUGUCAAAUUAAGGUGUAUCAGAAAAGAAAGCACCAAAAAAUAACAGUGCCAUUGCAAUGCUCUUGAAAUUACAAAGGAAACUGACUUGUGCAGAAAAAAUGAUAAUCGGACAUUAACAAGACAAUAAUUUUAUAGCUUAAAUAGACUAAAAUGAUCAUUUUAUGGGACUUUGUGGGCUUCAUACAAUGUAGCCAAUGGCUUUGUUGAUGUACAGUCUUCUACUGUAUUUAUUUUGACCCUAGUUGAAGUUUUUUUGUUUUUUUUUAAAUGCUGCCAUGAAACAGUAGGAGCAAUAAAACUGUUAAAAAGAUACAGUUUAAAAUUUAAAUGAAUAUCUAUGCAAAUUCGUAUUUGGUGUUGUUACCAUGAUCAAAAUAAAAACUGUGCAUUUAUUUCAAUUAGCCCAGUCAGCGUCAGACAGAUGUUUGAAAUGUAGGAGGCUUUUAAGCUAUUAAAGGUCCAUUUGAAUAAUCCUCAGCCCUCCACCUUUAAUCAUUAAUCCUGAUGGUUAAUGACCUCUUUCUUAAAGUGGUCAGUGCCAGUGAAAAUGUGGAAAUUAAUAACCCUUUGAGAGCCACUCUGCCAAUUUACUUUAAAUCACUCAAAAAUAUUACUCUCAAAAUAUUCCAGGUUUUAUUUUCUAAGUUUAAAGACUCAUUUCAGCUUCAGAGGUUAGUCGGUGAGGCAGGAACAGCUGUAGCCGUCACGCUCACAUUGUAGAGAGGUCACUUCACAGCGUUUGAAUGACAAGGCCGCUGAAUGUCGUCAGAAUACUGUCAAAAAGUUGAUGUGCUUGAGCUUUAAAAGGUACAAGCAUUUUCAAACACACUGCAAGUGCUUUUUGUAGUUAGUGCGCGGAAGAGUUAAGUAUAUUACUUAUUGGACAGACACUGAAAUGAUAAAAACAUCUAAAUAACAUGUUUUAUUUUGUUUUUUUCCUCCCCAGUAUACGUCUUUACAUGCAGAUUUCUGUAAUCCCCAAGAGUCACCAUCGCUGUUCAGUUAAGCAAUGUGUUCACAAAGAGCUGGAGACCUGUAGCCUUCUCCAGAUUAUCACAGCUCUAUCCUGUGCCUGGCAGAAAAGAGUUGUUUAGUGCAAAUGAUCUACUUUGAACAGAUCACGUUACACCAAAGACAAAAAAAGGUAGAUGUAGGCACACUCUUGAGAUCCCCAGUCAUACUGAUAUUCCUCUUAUGUUUUGGCAGCACUUUGUCGUCCUCGUUAUGUAUGAAUAUAUAAUUUAUUUUAAAAUAUUUAAGCUUUGGGAAGUGUAGUUUUGUCUUGUUGUUGCUACAACAAUAAGAAAAGUCUAAAUCUCUAUCGGAGAGUGUAAUUUAAUUUUUCUUUUUUUUUUUUUUUUUGCACUGAAAUGAAAAGUCAUGGCACAGACUCAGCCGAAGAAGCUACAUGACGUUAACAAUCAAGGCCACUGUAUUCUCUGUCUCCCUGAACCUCCUCACUGUGCAGGAGGCCAUAGUGACGAAUGUGCCACAGUGACAGCCUUUUUUGUUUUAGGACAAUAGGCAGAAAGAUGAGCCAACCUUGAAACCAGAGUGCUGUAUAUGUGAGAAAACGUGUGGGGAAUAUAUGUCCUGUUUUUAAUGCUGUUUCUGAAGCUGCCUUUUGUAGAUUCCUAAUUUAAACCAGUUUAAUAUAUUUAGUGCGUUUGCCUCCUUUGCUCCUUUUCCUGUUAAAUUAUAUUUUUGAUUUAAUCGUCAGGUUAAAUGCUGUAUGUAUUAUCUUUAUUUUUGUUAGUUUCUUCUGAAAUGGAGUAUCGAAUCAGUUAUAAUUCCUACUGUGAAAACCACAAAAGUUCCCUUAUUUAAGAUCAAUUACAUGUAUAAAAUGAACAUCAGAGUGCCUUUAUUACUAAGCUAAACAUGUCUGCAGUGUGACUUCCAGACAAAUGUGGGGACAUCAUUACCAGGGAUUUGCUUCAGAUAUGUUUUUUGUUUAGUUUUUUUCUUCUUCUUUUCUUUUUUUAAAUUAUCAUUGUGUUGAAAGUUUAUUUUGUUGUUGUAAUGUUUGUCACUAUUUCACUUUUUUCUAUGUAAAUAUGUACAACUUAAAUUGUCAUCAGCCAGCAGCACAUUCAGUACCCUGGACCUGUUUCUGUUCACAAACUAGCAUGGUUACCGUUUUAAGGUACCCGGACAAUAAAUACAUGCAAUAAACCAGUGUUUGAGUUCUGAGUGUGAUUGACUUAGCCUGGAU